AUGGGUACAUCAUCUGGCUCCAAUAUACACCACCAACCUUCAUCAAAGAUGCUUCCUCCUCGUCAGCAACCACGAGCUGGGGGACUACAAACCUCCCUUUCCCUUGUCUCUUCAGAUCCUCGGCUUUCCCCUGAAGAACCCAGAUCAAAUUCUGAUCACAGGCGUGAGUCCCCUACUGAGAGUGCCAGUUCUCGAGAAACAUGGCCUGCUGCUGAUGCCAUAAUGGCAAAGAAGAUGGAGAAUGGGAAAGCAGAAAAUGAUUGCCCGGAACAAUCAGUCAUUCGUCGUCUUUCCAGCGCCGAUAAGAUAUCUCUUCGAGACAUUGCAAGAGAGCGAGUUGAUAUAAUCUCUGAAAAGAUGCAUCACCUUCCUGAUGAGUUUCAGGAAGAAUUAAAGAACAACCUCCGAGUAAUCCUUGAUGGGAAUGGUGGUUCGCAGCAGAGAGAGGAAUUUUUUAUCCUGCAGAAGCUUGUUCAAAGUAGAACAGAUUUAACAGCGAAGACUUUGAUUAGAGCACACAGAGUACAGCUUGAAAUCCUUGUUGCAAUAAAUACCGGGAUUCUGGCCUUUUUGCAUCCAAAUAUCAGUCUGUCGCAAACUUCCCUUAUUGAAGUUUUCGUGUACAAGAGAUGCAGAAAUAUAGCAUGCCAAAACCAGAUUCCAGCUGAUGAUUGUACAUGCGAGAUAUGCACCAAAAGAAAUGGUUUCUGCAAUCUUUGCAUGUGUGUAGUAUGUAACAAGUUUGAUUUUGAAGUGAACACUUGCCGUUGGGUUGGUUGUGAUUUGUGUUCUCAUUGGACUCACACUGAUUGUGCUAUUCGGGAUGGACUAAUAUGCAUGGGUGCCUCUGGUAAGAGUGGAUCAGGGCCAUCCGAAAUGCUUUUUAGGUGUCGAGCUUGCAAUCGGACAUCUGAGCUACUGGGUUGGGUCAAAGAUGUUUUUCAACACUGUGCACCUGCCUGGGACCGGGAGGCUCUGACGAGAGAGCUUGAUUUUGUUAGUAGAAUUUUCAUGGAAGUGACGACCCUCGAGGGCAAAAACUCUUCUGGAAGUUAUCUUCUUUAUGAAGAGCUUGAGGUAGACUCUCCAAAGAGCCUGGAAAAUGGGGAAAGUGGACGGCUGAUAGCCCCGCAGGAAGCCUGUAAUCGAAUUGCUGAAGUGGUGCAAGAGGCCAUAAGGAAGAUGGAAAUGGUGGCUGAUGAGAAGAUGAGAAUGUACAAGAAAGCCCGAAUGGCUGUUGAGGCUUGUGACAGGGAACUCCAGGACAAGGGCAGGGAAGUUCAAGAACUAAAGCUGGAGAGGCAAAAAAAGAAGGUACAAAUCGAAGAGCUGGAGAAAAUUGUGAGGCUCAAACAUGCAGAAGCUGAUAUGUUCCAACUCAAGGCUAAUGAGGCAAAACGAGAGGCUGAGAGGCUCCAGAGGAUUGCUCUUGCCAAGUCAGAUAAAUCGGAGGAAGAAUAUGCCAGCAGCUACUUGAAACAACGAUUGAGUGAAGCCGAGGCAGAAAAGCAGUAUCUAUUUGAGAAGAUUAAACUGCAAGAGAGUUCACGGGCAUCCCAGAGCAGCGGUGGUGGUGGUGACCCAUCUCAGUUGCUGAUGUACUCGAAAAUGCAUGAUAUGCUUUACAACGCCCCUCCUAAGGCAGACUGCCUGCCAAACGAACGCCAUCCUUUCAGAAAAAAUCCUUGA